UCAUCAAUCAAUUAUUUAAACACAAUUUAUUUUAAAGCUAUAUAAAUUAUUUUAAAUCUUUGAUAUAAUCAAGAAAUAAAAAUACUUUUAUAUAAAUUCAUUCAAAUGAAUACAUUCUAAUAUAAGUAUAUAAUUCAAUUAUUUAGAUUUAUUAACAUAGUUUUCAUUUUUGACGAGGCUAAUGCAAAAUUCCUCUUGAAUUCAUAUUUAAAAUUUAAUCAUUUCGAUACAUUUUGUUUUAAAGUAAAUUCAUUGUUUACAUUUUAUUGCCACCUUCAAAUGUCCUCAGUAUAUCUGAUCUAACAUGGUCAUGAAUGUAACAUUCCCUUUAUGCCUGAAAGGAUAAAGCUUAUACAAUUAAUUUAAUUAUACAUCUUAAAUAGUAUUCUGUGUCUUUUUCUUUAAUAUAAUUGAGACUAAGCAAUGUUUAAAAAGAAGGAAAAUAAGCUACCAUAUUUCUUUGGUAGCACUGCAAUAGGAAUGGCGGCUGGCUUACUAGUUGGAAAGUUACUUUUAAAUACACCAGCUGCAGAGUCUCAAAAUAUUGAACUUAAACCAUCUAGCAAUGAAAGAGUAAUUAAAUAUUCUUCAGAAGAUAAUAUUCAGAACUUACAUUUGCAUAAGAAUAUAAAUUCUUGUACAUGUUCUGAAAGCAUGUCACCAUAUGAAAACAAAAGUUGCAAGGAAGAAUCAGCAUCUAAAGUUUCCUUCAUAAAAUUGGAUAAUAAUUUCAAAGAUAAUAUUAAUGAUGUUACUUCAGACAAGAAAUACAGUCCAAAUUUCUCAAAAAUUGUUUUCGAUGAUGUCAAUCAAUUACACAAUAUAAGCGUAGAAGAUAAUGUUGGAUAUAAUACAACUGAUGAAAUUUUCCUAGAUCCUAAGGAAGACAAAGUGUGUAAUAUAGAUCCUUCUGAAUUUGAAAAUAUGAGACACGAGAUAUUAGCUGAUGCGAAAUCAGUUAGAACUGACUUAAUAAGCAUUGAAGAUUCAAAUAUUUCAGGCACAAUAAAUAUUAAAAACAUCAGUUCCAACAAAAGGAAAAUAUUAAAACGGUCAAAACGUUGUACUAGCAUAGAAUUGGCAGAAAUGAUUAACAAUUCGUCUAAUGAUCUCUUGAUUAAUGAUACUACUGGUUAUGAUAAUCUUCAGAAGGUGGAUAAUUCUGCGAUGAAUCUGAAUAUAUUAAAAAGUUCCACAGAAAAUGAUAUCAAUCUGGUCACAUAUAACAGUAUGUUACAGUCCGAUGGCGACAAGAAGGAUGAAACUUUAUAUUGCACUACUUCAGAUGAUUUUAAUGAGACUCAUUUAAUCUCUUCUACAAAAGUAAAUGAUUCAGAUUACAUGUAAAAAUUAGUAUAGGAAAACUAAAAGCAUUCACUAUUUUCAUAGCAUUAAGGUUGUAAAGAUAGUAUUACUAUUUUGUUCUACAUAAUUAUACUAGAUUUAUAUAAAUAAAAAAGUGUGUGAAAUAUAUAACAAUAAGGAAAGUAAAUUGUGUAGUGUAAUAAUGGUAUGGAUGAAUAUUAUAUUGUUCUUAAAAUAAAUUUCAGAAUGAAUUAAAA